AUGUUCGACGAAGCCUACCAGUCCGAGUAUGAAUAUGCAGAGGUCAGCUGGGCAGGCGGACUGAGGAAGGCGCAGCUCGAAGAAUUUGCUCGAGUAGUGCACGGACUGUCACCUUGCAGCUGGAAGAGAGGCCACGAGCAAAACGGCUUCAUAGCGGGAGACAAUCUCCUGCUAGGUCAUGGCUAUGAGCACGAAGCUGAGUUCAAGGCUUAUCCAGUGAAGGAGAGUCCACGGACCAAGACGUGGGAAGAGAUAGCUCGCUCGGCAGAGGAGCAGAAAGCCCACACAGCCCGUAUGAAGGAGGAGACGCUGGACAGACAGAUGGAGCACAUCGCGACGCUCUGCCCGGACACGCCCAUCACGCGGAAUAUGGGAAGCAUCCUUGGCGAGGUGCUAUCUGACUUCUUGCUCGGUUGUGAACCUCUAGGCGCCCGCCCAGCCCAUGAGCGGAUCGUGCCCGUCCUACACUGGCGGUACUUGCGGGGCGCUCGAAUCAAGCAUGACCCGGCAUUGCCAGGGGACGUGCCCAGUCGCUGCGUUUUAUACGUGGCAUUGCAGUGUACCACUGACGUCCUCCCGACCCUCCGAGCAGAUGUGCACAUCACCAUCGGAUCUUGGCAAGUUUUGGGUCGUGUCCACGUGAGCAGCUUGCAAUAUGCGCUUGACACCGCGCUACAUCUGUGGGGCCCGCUGAUGGUCACCCUCGACCCUGAAACGGAGACCUCACAACUCACAACCAAGCCGGAGAAAGACAUCCAAGUUCAUCCCCGCGUGUCCUUUGAUUGGUCUGAUGUUAGCUGGCCCGUAGCGCUGGAGCGGGACUUCUUCAUGUUCGCUCAGCAGUGCAAGGCCGCUGAGGCUGAGGAGGCAAAGGCGGCAAAGGCCGAGUCGAAGAAGCGGGCACAGAAUAUUCUCACUAUCCUCAACCAGAGGUUCGUCAAGGGUGCCGAGCAGGACAUCCAGAAGGCCGAGGAGGAGGUGAACAAAACGCAGGGCGACGAGUCCGAGAAGCCCGUCCAGACGGACAUCAUCACGCCAGUGGUGGAGCUUCUCGACUUGCUGAAUUGCGGCUUCAUGCGAGCUUUCUGGGAGGGCCUGACGACCAACAUGUGCUACCGCGGUAUGAACGGCUUCCGCCUGAUCGCCAACAGCUACGUCAUCUCCGGCCUCCUGAGCUUGUGCAUCGCCCUGUUGAUCAUCAUUCCUUGGAAGAUCUCGAGGGACAAUGCUGACAAAAUUGCCAGAGAAGGCGGCGGACCCGUGGUGCAAGGCUCCGUGUGA